AUGUUGGGUAUACCUCUCCACGUUGAGGUGGUGAAACGAAAUCAAAGCGUUGCUAGUGUGGAACAUAUAACAGAAAUUGUGCAUUCAUAUUUAAGCAAUUUCACUUCAUUGAAGCCAGGUUUGACCUUGUCUGAAACUGAUUUGGAAGGUCAAGAGCUUAAAAGUCAUGUUUUCUCCAUAACUUUUUGUAAUAUUGGACACGAUACAGAAGUAGCAAUGACAGAUUGUGAAAUAAUUUAUCAUGUUUAUACGCUAAACACAUUUGGAUCUCAGACAGACACUAUGACGGACGAAUCUUCAGGCGAAGAUAUACACGCAGCAGACGUAUGGGCACUUCCAACUCAAGAGUUUCAUGGACUAUGGGAAAGCCUUAUUUAUGAUUCAAAACUAAAAGAAGAUACAUUGCGUUUUGUUGAAACUGCUUUUGAGUUUUCCGACCGAUGUGUGAAUCCUAAUAUAAUUGGCUGUAACAGAGUGGUAUUGCUUCAUGGACCGCCUGGAACAGGAAAAACUAGCUUAUGUCGUGCACUUGCUCAGAAACUUGCUAUACGAAUGGCUGACAGAUAUCCACGCGCUCAUCUUCUUGAAAUUAAUGGUCAUGGACUGUUUUCAAAAUGGUUUUCUGAAAGUGGAAAGCUUGUUGCUAAAGUAUUUGACCGCAUCAGAGAGAUUGCUGAGGAUAAACGUUUGCUUGCUUGCAUUCUGAUUGAUGAGAUAGAGUCACUAGCACAUGCACGCCGUGCAGCAAUGGCAGGUCUUGAACCUUCAGAUUCAAUUCGAGCUGUUAAUGCAAUACUGACACAAUUAGAUAGACUGAAACGUUACCCUAAUGUUUUAGUUUUGACUACAUCCAAUGUUACAGGGGCUAUUGAUGUGGCUUUUGUUGAUAGGGCCGAUAUUAAACGUUUGGUGGGGCCACCAUCUGCUCGUGCUGCCUAUGAUAUUCUUAAGGGGUGUUGUGAAGAAUUAAUGGCUCAUGAAAUAAUUGUUCCCAGAGACCUUUUGUUUGGCUUGCAAGUGUUAGAGACGGCCAACUUUUCAGACACUGAAGGUUCUCGCUCAUCAUUACGUCUACGCGAAGUAGCAUGUGCAGCAGCCGCCGCCAAAAUAUCGGCGCGUUCACUACGACGACUACCAUUCUUAGCACGCGCUUUGUAUGCCACUAGACAUACAAAUUUAAUUAACUUUGUUGAUGCAUUACAGUCUGCAUUAAGACAGUACCUUGAGGAUACACAGACUUUAAAUGAUGAAAACUAA